AUGGGUGAACUUCCUACGAUUUUAUGGAAGGGGGACAAAAUGGAGGCGCCGAAGGACCUGGGUGACAUCACCAAACCGAUCUGUGACCUUGAAAAAAUGAAGAGGCGGGAGGCCCUGCGAGUCCUCGCCGAAUCGAUCCGUGACAAGAACAAAAUGGAGACGGGGAAGGUCCGGGGAGACGGCGCCGCCCAAUGGAUCUGUGACCUUGAUGAAAACGAUCUGGUACACGAAAGAUUGGAGAAGGAGAACUGGACCAAAAUGAUAUGUGGGAAGAGCGGCACGUUCACGGUCCUCGAAUUGCUCCCUGUCGAUCAAGGAAACAACGGUUUGGAGAAGGAGCUGGAGGAGAAGACGGAGGAGAAGAAGGAGGAAAAGGCGGAGGAGAGAACGAUGGCGGGUCUAGCUCAAGAGGUGGGGAAGAUCUGUCAUUGGCAUAAGUUUCUGCAUAUUGGCAACGUAAGGAUGGCAAACAUGUACCGCGAUCUGAUUCUCGACCUGGGCAAAGCCGCAACCGAAUGCUCGGAUCUGAAGACCUACAUACACAUCAGCCUCUUCUUGUUCUUGGCGGUGGAUGGUCUCAACCUUGCGAUGGAUUUAGAGGUAACCAGCGAAGAGCAGAAACUUUUGAAGGCUAUCGGAUGCGAAUACUUGCGGAACUACGUGGCGCUGGUGUUGCUUGGGGAGGAACUUCUUGCGCCUGGGGAUAUCCAGAAGGAGGAACAGCCAGCUAUAAUCUCCACGACGCUCACUCAGGCUUCAUUCGACUUCAAGCCCAUGUCUCUGUUCUUCGACAUACCAGAAUCCUGGCAGCAUGAUCCACUGGGAGAGCAAUGGGCCAAAGCACACGGACAAGAUACGUCUGACCCAGCGGGAUCUGGAUCUGUUCUGAAGUUCAUCACUGGCCGCAAGGCCCGGCUCUCCGAUGCGCACCCUGGAAGCAAAAAAAUUGCGACCCAGCUUGCGGAAGUCAUGGAACUUGACAGGUCUGGGCGGCGGAUCCGUGAGUGCCUCAACCUUGGGAAUGUGGUGUCGUGCUUGAAGGAUACUGAAAGCCGCUGGGUUGGCGAGCUAUCCGGCAAUGGUCAAAAACCCACAAAGAAGGACCUGCUUACCACCGAUUACACCGGCGACUCCGCCGAACCUAGUCGGUAUAUGAUGGGACUGACUCGCGAGAUCGAGACGAUUGUAGAGGAAGGAAAUACUCCUCUAGAGGUGGACAUCCAGAAUUAG